CAAGGUUCUCCCUCUUCUUGGGAAAUGACUCUGCACUAGCUAAGCAAGGUUCUUAUUUGCAGCUGUGUUGGCCCAGACAUUUACGAAGACAAAAGAAAGGCUUAACACUGUGGAGUUUCCAUGGACAGAUUUGAUGUGACCAGCACAGCGGGAGACAUGGAAGCUCAGAACAUGAAACUAAAAAAGUACUCGCCAUUCAGUCUUGGAAAGUUUCACAUUUCAGAAGAUUAUGGCUUUCUUCUCCCAGAUCCCCUGAAAGAACUUUCCCAUUACUACAUGCCCUGGAUGGAAAUAGCUAGUAAUUUGCCACUCUUGAUUGAGAGUCAUCAGCUCCGAGCUACAGUGGAUGAGAUGCCCCUACUAAGCUGUCACCUCCUGAAAGAUCAUCGAGAACAAUGUUUGGCCCACCUGCUGCUUAGUUUUAUUACCAUGGGAUAUGUCUGGCAGGAAGGAGAGAAGAACAUUCCUAACGUUCUGCCGAGAAACUUGGCCCUUCCCUUUGUGGAAGUCUCUAGAACCUUGGGUCUACCCCCUAUCCUGGGGCACUCAGAUUUAGUCCUGAUGAACUGGAAGAAAAAGGAUCCAGAUGGACCACUGGAAAUCAGGAACCUGGAGACCAUUGUGUCUUUUCCGGGAGGUGAGAGCUUGAAGGGCUUUAUACUGGUCAUUCUUUCAGUGGAGAAGGCAGCAGUGCCUGGGAUUAAGGCAAUUGCUCAGGUCAUAAAUGCAGUUCUCCAAACCAGUGAAGAUGAUCUACUCCAGGCCUUGAAGCAGCUGAGAACAUCCAUUGCUGAGAUGACCAAAGCCUUGAGACAGAUGCAUGAUUAUGUAGAUCCAGCCAUAUUUUAUGCAGUCAUCCGGAUCUUUCUGUCUGGCUGGAAGGAUAACCCAGCUAUUCCAGAGGGGCUGAUAUAUGAAGGAGUCUCAGAAGAGCCUUUGAAAUAUUCUGGAGGAAGUACAGCUCAGAGCACAGUAUUUCAUGCAAUUGAUGAGUUACUAGGUGUUUGUCAUAGCAAGGAAAGCACAACCUUCUUGCACAGAAUGCGGGAAUACAUGCCUCCUUCCCAUAGGGCCUUCAUAGAGGAAAUCCACUCUGCCCCUCCACUGAGGGAGCACAUCUUGUCUUCUGGGAGCCAUCUGCUGCGUGAGGCCUAUAACCAGUGUGUGGAGGCCCUGGCAGAGCUGAGGAGCCAUCACAUCAACAUCGUGGCCAAGUAUCUCCUCACAGGGGCAGCCAAGGCCAAAGAUGGGGGUCUAGGCUACCUUGCAGGGCCACCUCAGGCACUUGCAGAGAGGGGGACAGGUGGGACAGCUGUCUUCAGUUUUCUGAAAAGUGUCAGGGACACAACCCUGGGAGGAAUCAUUGACCAAUGUGAUUGAUUUUGCCCCAACUUCUGCUAGUCCAAAGGAGAAGAGGAAGAAGGAUCUUUCCUCCCCUUUUCCUUUUUCUUUCUAGGUCCCACACUUGCCCCAUGCCCCUUUCCUCAAGUGUUUUGUCAAGAAUCCAGUGGGUAUAUUCCAAUAGAACCCUGUGUUCUGGGCUCCAUGAAACAUCCUGGUCUUCUGUGUUAAGAGCUGCUCCUAAUCAGAGGGAAGAAUUAGCAUUGCCCUUUGCCUAAGAUGAUGCUCUGUCUGGAUAGUGCUUAAGUAAUGGCAAAUGAUUGGAGACAUCCUCAUUUAUAAGUGUAUCAUGGACCAUGUCUACUUUGUGUUGUCUACACGACAAAUCUGCCCUCAGUUUAGUACUCCAAAACCAAAUAAAAUGCUGUGUGACUGC